UUGUGUUUUUAUUUAGGUCCUAAUAAAAUAAUAUAAUAAAAUAUAUUCUGGUAUAAUUGUCCGAUUAUACACUAGUACAUAAAAUUGCACUAAACACACAUGUCUGAACUGCAGAAAACCAUAAUGAAGAGUAAAUUGCCGCCCCGUUGUCCAAAAUCAGCAAGUGGAAAACUGGCUCCAUUUGGAAUGGCCCGUCGUAAGGAUUAUAGCCCUGUGCCGUGGCAGCAGUACUUUGAGAAGUAUGUGGACGUGGAGACGGAAAGCGGAAGGUUCAGGGUGUAUUUAUCACCAGAGCCGGACCACUCAAGCAGGCCUCGGUUGGUGACAUUGCAUGGCGGAGGGUAUUCUGGCUUGAGCUGGGCGCUUUUCACAGAAGAAAUAACGAACAUGAUCCACUGCCAAGUGAUCUCCAUGGACAUCAGAGGGCACGGAGAAACACAGGCUGACAACCCGGACGAUCUCAGCGCUGAUACUUUAGUGAAGGACGUAGAACAAGUUCUACACAAGCUGUUUGGCGAAGAAUUACCCCCCAUAGUUCUAGUGGGGCACUCUAUGGGUGGCGCUGUGGCGGUCCGAGCCGCAUUACUACCGUCACUGGAGCCCUAUGUCCACGGUAUCGCCGUCAUCGACGUUGUAGAAGGCACGGCGAUGGACGCGCUGGCCAGCAUGCAGAGCUUCCUGCGCGGCCGCCCCACGCACUUCCGCAGCAUCGAGCACGCUGUCGAGUGGUGCGUCAGAAGUGGCCAAGUCAGAAACGUGGAUUCUGCCAAGGUGUCAAUGCCGAGCCAAAUCGUUAACGUCGAGACGAACCUUCUCGCGACGAACGAGCUGGCGACGCGCACGGCGGAGGCGCCGCAGUUGCCGGCGCCCAUGGCGCUCGCGCGCGCCGCCGACUGCAUCGCCGAGGAGCCCGAGCACGCCGACGCCGACGCCGACGCCGACGCCGACUACACGCCGCCGCCGACCGCGCCGCCCACGCCGCCCACGCGCGGCGACGGGGACACCAACAUGAGAUACAAAUGGCGCAUCGACCUGUCGAAGACGGAGCGCUACUGGUCGGGCUGGUUCCAGGGGCUCUCGGGGCGGUUCCUGUCCGUGCGCGCGCCGCGCCUUCUGCUGCUGGCCUCUAUCGAGGGGCUGGACCGGGAGCUCACCAUCGGACAGAUGCAAGGCAAGUUCCAAAUGCAAGUAUUGACGCGAUGCGGCCACGCGGUGCACGAGGAUACUCCCGGAGAGGUGGCGCGCGUGAUCGCCUUGUUCCUGCUGCGGCACCGCGUCACGGAGGCCACGGAGGCCGGCGAGGCGCUGCACCUGGCCUCCACGCCCGGCUGCUAGGGGCCG